AUUUACUUGGAGUCAGCGCAGUGGUACUGAAUGGGGACUUUGGCAAAAGCAAGGAGGACCAUGCGGUGUAUAUGCACCAGUGCAGGCCUUCAUUGUCAAGCUCCUGCUUUUCGGCUCUGGUGACCGAGAGAAUCCAGAGCCAGAUGCUCGACGGAAGGAGAAGCCGCUGGGCACCGGAGCAGAUGACGAGGAUGAUCGAGGAUCUGUUCUUGCUCACGCCUUGGCGUCUAUUCUCUUCCACUCGACGGCGAGCUCUUCCUACGUUAUUUGUCAGGUGCGUUAUGCUGCUGAGGGUGAUUCUCCUGAGGCGCAGGCAGUGCAGCAGGCAGCGCCUGCUGCCAUUGCUGCAGGUGAGGGCUCCAGCGUUUUGGCUGUUUCUGCUCGGCACCUCACGCGGAUUGCGGAGGCACGACAAGUGCUUGAAGAAGGUGCGGACAGCUGGCUUGCUGGACCUUUGGGAGUUCUAAGCUUCCUUUUCUCUGUGCUCAGUAGCCGAACAGUCUCAGCUGUUAGAGAAGAUAUGGAUGAUUCCACCACUCCGUUGAUUGGACGAUUUGGCCAUUGCAGCCAGGAGCUGGUAAAUCUCAUGCUCAUUGGUGAAGCCACAUCGAAUGUCUUUGAUGGGACUCGCUGGCUGGGCGACGACCCUUCUAGUGGUUUCCGCGUGAGGGGCGUCGACAGCGAACGCGUCGGUGUGCCACAAGUUGGCCUCCUGAGCGAAUUGGAGACCUACAGAUAUCUUUCAGUUGGGAUGCUUUACAAGAAUCCAGAUUUCCCGAUUUGGGUGCUGGCUUCUCCCACUCACUACACCAUGAUAUUCUCCACCCAGAGGGCCGACUCUCAGUUGAGUGAGGAGGCCAAGUUGGAUCAACAAGUCAAAAAGGUUUUUGUUGAGAAUUCGAUCGACGAGGGCGGCCUUGCAAUGUCCGCAAACCUGAGUAAGAUGCUUGGGGCUGUGGGCAUUGACGGCAAGAAGCUGCAAGAGGCGCAACAAGAUAUUGUACGGGAGGAUGUGAUCCUGUGGGAAGACUUCCGACUGUGGGUUGGUAAGCAGUUCAAUGUGGCUGCUGCUGACACAAAGUCUGGAAAGAUUCAGCUCUUCCUAUACGAUGGGCAGGAUCCUCCAGGGCCAACCUUGAAGUCCGUGCGGGUGGAGCUUAGCGACAUCGCGAUGGCCCGAUGCCGCUGUCCUUGUGGAGGGGUUUCAUUGACAGUCUUGCCGGGCUUUACCAUUUACCUCAAUGAAGCUGAGUUGGUGUGACGGGCUUUGCGUUGACAGACACACUCGGUCUGAGUGGCUCUGGGAAUAUUCUUCACGAGCGAAGUGCUGCUAUGUUCAUACAUGCGGGUGGAUGCCAAACAGAACAGCUGACCAACAGCUGCGUGGCGUUUCUUUCAGAGUGCCUAGACUCUCUGCAAAAAGAGCACAUGAAGACAUGAAGAGCACAGUUCGUGCAGCAUGCAACACGGAAAGUGCAUUUGACACUUUUCUGUCGGAAAAUCUAAAGAGG